UCCAAUAACAAAUUUGUUAAGUAGCUAAAAAGAAAGACGGAAACUCAACAUAAGUUUCUGUGCAAAAAUGGGUAGCGAUAGGAAGACGGAGGAGGAGAAGAUUAAGCAUAAGAGAAAUUCCCCUUCUUCUCCACAAGAUGAAGUGAAAAGCAAGCGGCAGAAGAUCAAAGGAGGUGAAGAACCCAGGAAAGAAAAAUCGAGAAAGGAGAAACAAAAAUCUCAUAAAUCGAAACGCCGUUCUAAUGAAGAGAAGGAGUCGGGCGAAAAGCACAAAAGCAAAAGCCACAGACACAAGGAUAAGUUGAAAAUCAAGUUUGAAGAGCUAUCAAAGGAUGAUUAUUUCUCUAAGAACAAUGAAUUUGCUACUUGGCUAAAAGAUAAGAAGAAAUUGUUCUUCUCAGAUCUUUCGUCUGAGGCUGCACGUGAUUUGUUUUCCGACUUUGUCAAAGAAUGGAACAAGGGAAAGCUUGACAGCCAAUACUAUGAGGGAAUCACAACAGCGCCACGGUCAUCCCAUGCUUGGAAUAUAAAAAAGUAGUUGAAUACUAUGUUUCUUCUACUUAAGUAGCAGUAGCUAUGACUCUAUUUUUUUUGGUUAAAACCAUCUUCUCUCUGUUGUAACAACUAUUGUGACCUAGUAUAGAUGAGGUUCAUCUUAUGUCAAUUAGUUUGGCGA